AUGACCAGCAUAAGCCGCUCCAUCCAUCUUCCAUUAUCCGCGUGUGUUCGGUCAUCGCGACCAUCAGUUUCCCCCUUCAUCCACAGGCGGUUCCUGGGGAUUCCCUCCGCAUUUUUGCUCGACCAUUACAUACCUCGGUACCAACUGCUUUCGUCGGUAGAUGCAGCCAAGAAGCGCUCCCAUGCCUAUGCGCACCUUCGGAACUGCAACCUCUGUCCCCGUCGCUGCGGGGUGAACCGAUACGAAGAAACAGGCGUUUGUUUGAUCGGGGCCGAAACAGCCAAGGUCAAUGUGAUCGCACCGCAUCGCGGCGAGGAACCAUGCAUCCAAGGAUUUCACGGCAGCGGCUCGGUAUUCUUCUCGGGAUGCAACCUACGCUGUGUAUUCUGCCAGAAUCAUGAUAUCGCCCAUCAACGGAAUGGCUUCGACCUGACCCCGGAUGAGCUUGCAGAUUGGUAUAUGAAACUCCAGACGGAGGGUAACGUCCAUAAUAUCAACCUGAUCACGCCGGAACAUGUGGUACCGCAGGUUGUACUGUCGAUUCUGGCGGCGCGCGAUAUGGGUCUCAACGUGCCCAUCGUUUACAACACGUCCUCGUUUGAUUCGCUCGAGUCCCUCGAGCUCCUCGAUGGACUCGUGGACAUCUACCUGCCGGAUUUCAAGGUGUGGAAGAGCAGCACGUCGAAACGGCUGCUGAAAGCGGAUGACUACACGGGAACCGCCAUGGAGAGUAUCCGGGCUAUGUACGAGCAGGUGGGUGAUCUGUGUUUCACAUCCGACGGGAUCGCCAAAAAGGGCGUCUUGCUACGACAUCUGGUCAUGCCGGGGAAAGAGGACGAGGGCCGAGAUAUUAUGCGCUGGCUGGCGGAUAAUGUCUCCAAGGACCUUUAUGUGCAUAUCAUGGAGCAGUAUCGUCCUGAUGCCCAUGUGGGGAAGAAGAAGCGACGCAUAACGGAGGGCUCCGGAGCGGAUGAGUUACGGUACGCGGAGAUCAACCGGGCCGUUCGCGAUAAGGAAGUUGGCACGGUCAGGAAUGCUGCCGUGGCGGCGGGAUUGUGGAGGUUUUGCGAGGCGAAUGAAAAGGGCAUGUUUCAUCUAUGA